CAGAAAAAAUAUAUACAAAAUCACAACCUCUAAAAGGACAAACAGUCCACUGUUCUCUACUGUGGAAGCUUUAUCAGCACUGCUGAGUAAUUCCACCUCUAGGGCAGGGCUAGCUCUCAAAAAUGUAAACAAGUAUGUACUUUGUUUAUAUAAAGAAAUGUACAGCUUGGUUUGUAUUUCUUUAUAGAUAUCAAACAGCUAAAUGGAUUGUUUCAAAGCACCAGCAGGGGCCAGCAAAGAGCUCUUAGAGUUUUUCAGAACAGAAUUGGCAUUGAGAUAUGUUUAUUUGAUGUGUUAAAUCCUUUUUAGACUUCUUUACUUACCACAACACUCUGUUAAGUGAAUGAAUUGCAGAGACAGUGGAAUAAAAUAUCCUAUGUGUUCAAACUAUCUUGGGGUAUAGUUUUCUUUUUUCUAAUCUGCAUAUAUUUUUAUUGGAAUGUUUGCUUAGGCUAUUUCUUGGCAGAGUUUUAAUAGUCAAAAUAUAAAUGGCAUCAUUUAAAGACUGUUCUACUUGGCUGGAAAAGGCCUUAAAAUUACAGGAGAAAAUGCUUAGUGACAGCUUCUCUUAAACUUUUUUUCUCGAACCUAUGCUUCAGUUUUGCAGUGGUAUUACUAGGUUAAUUUUGUAGUUCUGUCCUUAAGCUUUCACUUUUUAUGUAAUUAGCACUUUAGAAGCUAAAAUAUGUAUCUGUUUGAUGUAGUGCUAAAGUUUUAAUUCAUCCUAAAGUUUUGGUAUUUCCAAAUUUACAGAACUGUUUGAAUUCACAAAUUAAAAAAAAAAAUGAACAGUCCCUAUAUUAACUAACUUGACUAGAUUCCUAGUAUGACUACUAUUUGGAAAUUCAAUCUUUGAUUUGAUACUUAAUUACAUGGGGUUUCGUUCCUACCAACUUCCUGUAAUUCUAUACCUAUGGGUAAAAAUAUUAGUGGUCAAAGUUGGCUGGAGAAAGUAUAGGCACUGCGAUUCACAUAGUUAAAUGUUCAUUUAGUAGAGCUGGGGUGAAAAAAUACUGUUUCAACAUGAAAUGUUAGAAGAUUGUUGUUCUUGUGUUACUCAUUCAUGCAAAUUGGAGAAGGUAUAAUUGAAACAAGGUUGGCUGUGUUUGAGUCAGUGUGCUGCAGCUGAGCUCAGCUUAAAGGUCGCUGGAAAUCAAGUGCUUUAUAAGUGAAGGCAUUUUGACUACAAGCGAUUCAAGACAUUUUGGAAACAUCAGUCUCUGGAAUGGGUCGUCUUUUUCUUCCUAUGAUAUCUGGUAUCUAAUGUUUUACUUAGGAUAAAGACUACUACUUAAUAGCUCUUUUAGGCACCACAAAUGAUUUUUUCUUUUGAUGCAGUGCAGCUGCUUCUAGCCUGUCUACGGACAGAGAUCUUUGUUAUGACUUUCAGCCCUUAACAUGUUUGGAAAUGAGAACAAAUGGCACAAAGCUUACGAUUGCACUUUGCAGCCAGAAGAAGCAAUACUUACCCUUUGUCAGAAACCUCCGGAGAUGACUUGGAUAGCCAUGUUCACAUGUGCUUCAAGAGACCAACACGGAUUUCAGCGUCUAACGUUGUUCAAAUGAAGCUGACUCCCAGACAGACUGCACUAGCUCCGUUAAUAAAGGAAAAUGUUCAGUCUCAAGAAAGAUCGUCUGUUCCCUCAUCUGAAAAUGUUAAUAAAAAGAGCAGCUGUCUACAGAUUUCACUACAGCCAACAAGGUACAGUGGAUAUCUUCAGUCUAGCAAUGUCUUAGCUGAUAGUGAGGAUGCUUCAUUUACUUGUAUCUUGAAGGAUGGUAUUUACAGCAGUGCUGUGGUCGAUAGUGAAUUGAAUGCAGUGAAUGAUGGUAACCUUGUAAGCAGUCCAGCCAUUUGUAGUGGUAGCCUUAGUAACUUUUCAACCAGUGAUAAUGGAUCUUACAGCAGCAACGGUAGUGAUUUCGGGUCAUGCGCAAGUAUCACAAGUGGAGGUUCAUACACUAACAGUGUCAUCAGUGACAGUAGUAGUUAUACGUUGCCACCAAGUGAUGAUACUUUUUUGGGUGGAAACUUACCUUCUGACAGCACCUCCAGUGGAAUUGUGCCAAACAGGAAUACUACUCCAUGUGAAAUUUUUUCGAGAAGUACAAGUACAGAUCCUUUUGUCCAGGAUGACUUGGAACAUGGAUUAGAGAUUAUGAAAUUGCCAGUGAGCAGGAACACAAAAAUUCCACUAAAACGUUGCUCCUCCUUAGUCAUUUUUCCUAGGAGUCCUUCAAAUACCCCACCGACUUCUCCAACAAGUCCAUGUACUCUUCUGAGCAAAGGAUCCUAUCAAACUUCACACCAGUUUAUUAUUUCUCCUAGUGAAAUUGCACAUAAUGAGGGUGGCACUGGUGCUAAAGGAUUUCUUUCAACAGCUGUCAAUGGACUUCGGUUAUCUAAAACAAUUUGUACCCCCGGAGAAGUAAGAGACAUACGUCCGCUUCACAGGAAGGGCUCGUUACAGAAGAAAAUUGUUCUUUCGAAUAAUACUCCCAAACAGACUGUCUGUGAAAAGUCAUCUGAAGGAUAUUCUUGUGUUUCAGUGCAUUUCACCCAACAAAAAACAACUACAUUAGAUUGUGAAACAACAAAUGGUGAUUGUAAACCAGAAAUGUCAGAAAUUAAGCUUAAUUCUGAUUCAGAGUAUAUUAAGCUCACGCAUAGGACAUAUGCAUGUUUGCCAUCCUCCCAAAACGUAGAUUAUCAAAUAAAUAUCAAUGGAGAAUUGGAAAGACCAAAUUCACAGAUGAACAAAAACCAUGGUAUUUUACAAAGAAGUAUUUCAUUGGGAGGAGCUUAUCCAAAUAUUUCCUGUCUAUCCAGCCUUAAGCACAAUUGUUCUAAAGGGGGACCAUCUCAGUUACUCAUAAAGUUUGCAUCUGGAAAUGAAGGUAAAGUGGAUAAUUUAUCAAGAGACAGCAACAGAGAUUGCACAAAUGAACUGUCUAAUUCUUGCAAGACAAGAGAUGAUUUCCUAGGUCAAGUGGAUGUUCCACUUUAUCCAUUACCGACAGAAAAUCCAAGAUUGGAGAGACCAUAUACAUUUAAGGAUUUUGUUCUUCACCCAAGAAGUCACAAAUCAAGAGUUAAAGGUUAUCUGAGACUAAAAAUGACUUAUUUGCCUAAAACCAGUGGCUCAGAAGAUGAUAAUGCAGAACAGGCUGAGGAAUUAGAGCCUGGCUGGGUUGUUUUGGACCAACCAGAUGCUGCUUGCCAUUUGCAGCAACAACAGGAACCUUCUCCUCUACCUCCAGGGUGGGAAGAGAGGCAGGAUAUCCUUGGAAGGACCUACUAUGUAAACCAUGAAUCUAGAAGAACACAGUGGAAAAGACCAACCCCUCAGGACAACCUAACAGAUGCUGAGAAUGGCAACAUUCAGCUGCAAGCACAACGUGCAUUUACCACCAGGCGGCAAAUAUCCGAGGAAACAGAAAGUGUUGAUAACCGAGAGUCUUCCGAGAACUGGGAAAUUAUAAGAGAAGAUGAAGCCACCAUGUAUAGUAGCCAGGCCUUCCCAUCACCUCCACCAUCAAGUAACUUGGAUGUUCCAACUCACCUUGCAGAAGAAUUGAAUGCCAGACUCACCAUUUUUGGAAAUUCAGCCACAAGCCAGUCAGCAUCCAGCUCAAAUCAUUCCAGCAGAAGAGGCAGCUUACAAGCCUAUACUUUUGAGGAACAACCUGCACUUCCUGUGCUUUUGCCUACUUCAUCUGGAUUACCACCAGGUUGGGAAGAAAAACAAGAUGAAAGAGGAAGAUCAUAUUAUGUAGAUCACAAUUCCAGAACGACUACUUGGACAAAGCCCACUGUACAGGCCACAGUGGAGACCAGUCAGCUGACAUCAAGCCAGAGUUCUGCGGGCCCUCAAUCACAAGCCUCCACCAGUGAUUCAAGCCAGCAGGUGACCCAGCCAUCUGAAAUUGAGCAAGGAUUCCUUCCUAAAGGCUGGGAAGUCCGACAUGCGCCAAAUGGGAGGCCUUUCUUUAUUGACCACAACACUAAAACCACCACCUGGGAAGAUCCAAGAUUGAAAAUUCCAGCCCAUCUGAGAGGAAAGACAUCACUUGAUACUUCCAGUGAUCUAGGGCCUUUACCUCCAGGAUGGGAAGAGAGAACUCACACAGAUGGAAGAAUCUUCUACAUAAAUCACAAUAUAAAAAGAACACAAUGGGAAGAUCCUCGGUUGCAGAAUGUAGCAAUAACUGGACCAGCAGUGCCCUACUCCAGGGAUUACAAAAGAAAGUAUGAGUUCUUCCGAAGAAAGUUGAAGAAGCAGAAUGACAUUCCAAACAAAUUUGAAAUGAAACUUCGCCGAGCAACUGUUCUUGAGGACUCUUACCGGAGAAUUAUGGGUGUCAAGAGGGCAGACUUCCUCAAGGCUCGACUGUGGAUUGAGUUUGAUGGUGAAAAGGGAUUGGAUUAUGGAGGAGUCGCCAGAGAAUGGUUCUUUCUGAUCUCAAAGGAAAUGUUUAACCCUUAUUAUGGGUUGUUUGAAUAUUCUGCUACGGACAAUUAUACCCUACAGAUAAAUCCAAACUCUGGAUUGUGUAAUGAAGAUCACCUGUCUUACUUCAAGUUUAUUGGUCGGGUAGCUGGAAUGGCAGUGUAUCAUGGCAAACUGUUGGAUGGUUUUUUCAUCCGCCCAUUUUACAAGAUGAUGCUUCACAAACCAAUAACCCUUCAUGAUAUGGAAUCUGUGGAUAGUGAAUAUUACAAUUCCCUAAGAUGGAUUCUUGAAAAUGACCCAACAGAAUUGGACCUCAGGUUUAUCAUAGAUGAAGAACUUUUCGGACAGACACACCAACAUGAGCUGAAAAAUGGUGGAUCAGAAAUAGUUGUCACCAAUAAGAACAAAAAGGAAUAUAUUUAUCUUGUAAUUCAAUGGCGAUUUGUAAACCGAAUCCAGAAGCAAAUGGCUGCUUUUAAAGAGGGAUUCUUUGAACUAAUACCACAGGAUCUCAUCAAAAUUUUUGAUGAAAAUGAACUAGAGCUUCUUAUGUGUGGACUGGGAGAUGUCGAUGUGAAUGACUGGAGGGAACAUACAAAGUAUAAAAAUGGCUACAGUGCAAAUCAUCAGGUUAUACAGUGGUUUUGGAAGGCUGUUUUAAUGAUGGAUUCAGAAAAAAGAAUAAGAUUACUUCAGUUUGUCACUGGCACAUCUCGGGUGCCUAUGAAUGGAUUUGCUGAACUAUAUGGUUCAAACGGACCACAGUCAUUUACAGUUGAACAGUGGGGUACUCCUGAAAAGCUGCCAAGAGCUCAUACCUGUUUUAAUCGCCUGGACCUGCCACCUUAUGAAUCAUUUGAAGAAUUAUGGGAUAAACUUCAGAUGGCAAUUGAAAACACACAGGGCUUUGAUGGAGUUGAUUAGAUCACAAAUAACGAUCUAUAGUGUUUUCACUGCCAUAGUUUUAUAACCAAAAUCUUGACUUAAAAUUUUCCAGGGAACUACUAAAACGUGGCCACUGAUUCUUCCCAGAUCUUGAAGAAAAUCAUAUAAAAAGCAUUUGAAGAAAUAGUAUGACAACUUAUUUUCAAUCACUUUUAAAUAAUGUGUUGCAUUUACACAGUUGUUUCAUUCUGUCCUUAGAGUUAGGUGCCUGCCUAGAGCCAGGUACCACCACGCCUGGCUUUAGAGUUCACGCAAUAGGAUAUAAGUCCUGUAUGACUUAAAUAGUGAAUUUUGUCCUUAACAUUUACCUCUUGUAUAGUAUCUGCCAGGCAGUUUUUUCUUAAACUACUGAGAUGAUAACUGUGAAAUAUUUGUGAUAAGUGUCAUGUGUGAAAAGUUUGAUGCAUUUUGAGAUGGAAAACUGAAAUUUGAAAAAAGAAAUACUUUACUAUUGAGUAAACUACAAUAUAUUUAGUGCUACUCGCAGCUAUUUAUUAUUUUGUACACCUGCCUUACGCACCUUACUGCCUAGAUUUUUGGAAAAAAACCUUGGAAAGUGUGUUACCUAUAUUUCCAGCCAACUCACAGAAAAACUGUUUACUUCUUCACUUUCAAAGUAUUUGGCUUUUGUUAAUAUGCAGUUUUUACUAAACAGGUGGUUCAUAAGACAUGUGAAGCAAAUCCAUAUUUGCAAUGGGUAAAAAGUAUUAAAGCCUUUUUCUCUUGCCUGCAUAUCCUCUUGACCAUUGGCAUAGUCAUCACUUUUUCAUUUUAGUGUAGUUAGAAGAAUUCCUUCUUCAAACAUUAAAGAUCCACAGAGCAGUAUUUCUAAGUAUGCCUUGAAGAACUAAAUGAAGUGGAUAGCACUUGCCUUUACUAGACAUUCUUUACACUUGUACAAUUAUGUAGUAAAUGUAUGUUUACAGGGUUUAUUAUGUUUACAGAUUAAGCUAAUUUCUGUAGUCGCCUUUUUAUAUUUUUAGUAUCACUCUAGUAAAAAAAACCAAAUGAUUUGUUUAAAGUAACCAAAGAGUUGUUAUAAUGCAUAAUUUGUAUUAAAUGUAUUACUAUUUCUUAUGCCUUUUAAAAAUACUGUUUACAAUGAAGACAAUGUUUUUAUUACAAAUCCAGAACUCUCUAGGCAAAAUGCUACAGUUCGAAUCUUCCUUUAACCAAACUCAAGUACAUAAAGACCAUGUACAUGUAUUCAUCAAAUAUUUACUGAAUGCUGCGUGCAUAGCGCUGUGCUGUGCUCUGGGGUAAGAGUUGUCAGCUUCAGAGAAGCUGAGUCCUGAUCCUCAAGGAAUUUGCAAAUGUGUCGAUGAAUUUGUAAAACAAUCAAAAGUAGGGGUAAGCAGAAUAAGGCAAAAGGGAAAGUGUUCCAGGUUCCAGCACACCUGCAAAGAUAAAGUAGGCCAAGACUGUAUUUAUAUUUCAUACUUACAUUGUUUCAUCCUUAUAUUGGAAUGAUUAUAUAGAAAAUGCUCUUAAAAAGAUUAAACCUAUUUCUCAGUAUGGUAUCUUGGUGAUUUAGGAAUAAUUGUAAAUAUAUGUUGUGAAUCUUCUUAAAUAUAUAUAUAUACACCCUGUGAGAACUGUAAAAAGUACCUUGGUUCUUGGUUUAAGUUUGUUGGGGUAUAACAUGAUGAGUACUCAUUAGCACCUGAUAGAAAUCUGAAAUACGACAGUAGCAAAACCACUUUCUGCUUUCCAAACACCGCAUCAUCAGCAUGGUUUAGGGGAAGCAAUUCACAGAUUAACAUACCCUGCGUUUUGUCUUCACCAUUGUCAACCAGCAGUCAAGGAUGAGCGCCAGGUAUAGUCCUGGUUUGAUCUCUCACCAGCCAUGUGAACUGAAGCAGCUUACUUAACCUCUCUGGAUUCAUAUUUCUUCGUCUGUCAAAUGAGAAUAAUCAUGCCCACCCUCAAUGUCAUGCCAGAUUGUCCUAAGUUCCAGACAGAUGAGAAAGCAAAAAGUACUUUGUAAAGUGUUAUACAAUCAGAAGGUGCUUUGUGCUGACCGUCAGAUUGUGUCAAGUCAGGUGUGCAAAUUGACCACACUCCCAAAGAAUCAUUUAAAAGUAAAGUGACUUCUAAGAGACAAGGAAGUAGGAGCAUAUCUGAUAUUAAAUAUAUAAAUAAAUAUAGAUACACAUGUGUAUAUCUGUAUAUGGAUCUUACCAUCAUAAUUCAUUUUCUUCGUAUCAGCAAAGUAAUAGUAAUGUGGGCCAAUGCAUUUUGGAAAUGUCCUCAUUAUGUAGAAUGGAAUGUGAAAAUUAUUUUUGUUUAAAAAGGAUUUUGCUGCAAUUAUUUAAAUAUUAUGUUUGUGAAGUAUCUAAGCAUGAGAAAAUACAAAGCUUUCUUUUUAUCUGGCUGAUACUCAUUUGGAUGAUUCUGUGACUCAUAGAACACGGUGUUAAUGAGACCAGACUCACUGCCACCAGUCCCCAGCUGCAGACCGUCAUCCCCUUCGUCUCCCACUGGGGGCUCAUGGUCCGGAAGGAAUGUGUAUCAAGCAACACAGGCCGUUAUCCCAUAUAGAAAAGUGUCUCAAAUGCAUUCUACUGCUGGACAGUCAGUAGGAUCAUUUUCAUAAAGCAAGGACAUCAUGUGUUUCUAGAAAUUAUAAGCAUAUAACUUUAACCUACAAUCUCUAAUUAAAAAAUUGUAACAUAAAAUUGUAUUACAAAUACAUUUCAUCAGAACUCAAAUUUAAAUGGUGUUUAUUUUAGGUUUUUAUUUAUAAUACUGAAGUUAUUCCAUAUAAGUAUCAAGUUAAACACAAUUCAUUUUGAUUACAAACUGACUUUUUAAAAUCUUCUGAUAUGGUAAAUAUAUGUAUCAAGAUUGAUGUAUCGAAAUUUAUUGCACACUUUAAAGUAUAAAAUCACUUUUUAAAAUCUUGAAUCCACAAAUAAAGUUUAUUCUGAUU